GAGAGAGAGAGAGAGAGAGAGGAGAUAGAAGGGUAGAAGGCAGUAGAAGGCAGUCAAGGCAGUAGAAGUCUCAGACAAACGUAAUGAGUUUAGUUUAAUCUUUAGUUUAAAAUUGGUUCUGUUUGUGUACGUGUUUGAAAGUAUUAAUAGUUUAGAAAAAGAGAAUUUCUCCAGCUACGCGAAAAAGUAAAAAAAUACGAACAAAAUGAACGGACGCCAAGUGGGUUACGUCUUUUUCUUCUUCGCAGUCGCCAUUACGAUCGCGGCUGCGCAAAACGGGUACGUGAGUUUCUCAGGAACUACAGUCACACUGACCUGUAACAUUGGAGAUACUGAUGACGGUUAUGAGUGGUUCAAAGAUAAAACUUUUCAACCAAAUAAAACAGACUCUUCACUGGUCUUAGAUGAUUACAAUGAUAAGAGUAAUGGAAUGUACUCCUGCAAAUAUGGAGAGAAAACGCAUUACUUCUACAUCCAUGCCAAGGUGUGUGAAGGUUGUUACGAUAUGAACAUGAUUUUGGCUUUUGGAAUAAUAUUUGGAGACGUGUUGUUCACACUCGGGAUCGUGCUGCUGAUUUACUUCUGUUGCAAAAAUAAAGAGGCAGCUGCUCCUCAGAGAGCUGCAAAACAGCGUCAAGCACGGGGUCCGGGGAGAGGACCCCCAGUUCCUGAAGCGGACUACCAGCCCCUGAACCCGGCAACGCGCUCCAACGACAUUUACGCUCAGGCCCACCGAUAAUCAACCUGUAAUCAUCCUCCUGUAUUACAAACACAUACCUUACACACACACACACACACACACACACACACACACACACACAGUAAAAUUGAUUACACACAAUAUUUAAAGUAAUGAAACAAUCUGAUACAUGCCAAAGACACACACACACACAUACACACACACACACACACACACACACACACACUAUAUACUGCAGUAUAUUGGCAAUAUAAUAAGAUAAUAAUUCAUCAUGAAAUAAAAAUAAACUAUAUAACACAUAUUCAUACACAUAUUUAUAAUUAGCAUAUUAAAAGCAAUGAUGUAAUGCUUUAUUAAUGUGCUGUGAAGUUCAUGUCUUUCUUUAUCCUUUUGUGGUUAAAUGUUUAAAUGUUUGUAAUUUUUUAAUCCAAAUAUUAAACACAUUUUUUUCUUU